AACACCCUUGCAAGCUCCUCUUUCUCAAAGCUUAAUUUUUGGCGGCAAAAUGGGAGAAGAGGAACGACAAGAAGAGAAUCAGCAAUCCAACUCCCAAAUCGAAAUGACGGAAACCUCAGAAUCUACGAACCAACAAGGACACGGGUGGCCGCUUAAGAUUAAGUUCGAUGUUCCUCCGUACAGAACCUAUCACUUCCAAAAGCAGUUCAGAACCGGUCCGAACCCUAACAAUUUUCUCAAAGGCGUCAAAUGGUCUCCUGAUGGCUCGUGUUUUCUCACCAGUUCUGAGGAUAACACUCUUCGCCUUUUCUCCUUGCCGGAUAAUGGUAGCAGUGAUCAUGUUACUGCUUGUUCUUCAGCCUCUGAAGAAGAUUCCUAUAAGGCAGAACUUGUUGUGAGUGAAGGGGAGUCUGUGUAUGAUUUCUGUUGGUAUCCAUACAUGUCAGCUUCAGAUCCAGUUACCUGUGUGUUUGCUACUACUACUCGUGACCAUCCAAUUCAUCUUUGGGAUGCUACUUCUGGCCUGCUGCGCUGCACAUAUCGAGCUUAUGAUGCUGUGGAUGAAAUAACUGCUGCCUUUUCAGUUUCAUUUAAUCCUGCAGGGACUAAGGUAUUUGCAGGGUACAACAAAUAUGUUAGAGUAUUUGACAUACAUCGUCCUGGUAGAGAUUUUGCACAGUAUUCAACAGUACAAGGAAGUAAAGAAGGUCAAUCAGGUAUUAUAUCAGCAAUUGCUUUUUGUCCUGCUCACACUGGAAUGCUAGCUACAGGAUCUUACAGCCAGACUACUGCAAUCUAUAGGGAAGACAAUAUGGAGCUCUUAUAUGUUUUGCAUGGCCAAGAAGGUGGGGUAACGCAAGUGCAAUUCUCAAAAGAUGGAAAUUAUCUAUAUACUGGAGCUCGGAAGGAUCCUUAUAUUAUGUGCUGGGACAUAAGAAAAGCUGUUGAAGUUGUGUACAAGUUAUACAGAUCAUCUGAAGAUACCAACCAACGAAUAGCUUUUGAUAUUGAGUCAUCUGGUCGACAUCUUGGUACAGGUGGUCAGGAUGGUCUUGUUCAUAUCUAUGAUUUACAAACUGGGCAGUGGGUAUCAGGCUUUCAAGUUGCAGCUGACACUGUUAAUGGUUUCUCUUUCCACCCAUUCCUGCCAAUGGCUACCACUUCAUCAGGCCACCGAAGAUUUCAAAUGCCUGAGGAUGACAAUGAGGAUUUGCAUUUGAGAGGUGACGAAAAUUGUGCUUCUGUGUGGAGUUUCUCUUACGAUUUUACCGCUGGAGAACAAUGUUGAACAUGGGUCAUUUCUGCAGUCCAUGGGAUCAUGGAAACCUUCCCUCAUCGUGUAACUAUGCGAUUUCCAUUCUUAAGUGUCAUUUUCCUUUUCUUUGCACAUUCAUCACGUUUAAUACGAACGACUAUAACAAUUAGUUUUAGCAAAAUCUUUUCUUUUCCCUUCA